UAUUUGUUCGGUAAUCAGUUGAAAAUAACAACCGAACGUCCAAUUAACCGACUUUACUCGUUACUUUCGCUUCAUUUUUUUCCACAAUUAGUGUACCCAGCUAAACUAGGUACCUGCCAGCUAGGUCUGAAAAAAGCAUCGAGUUCGGUUAUGUAUAUGUCAGUGACUGGGGUGAACUAACAGGCUGCCUGCAGCUGGAGUUUGGCGUUUUAGCUCUUGGUGGAGGGGAGACGACGCCCGACUCCUAGCUUCAUUAGCAGUUAGCUUAACUAGCAGCCGCCGCCAUUAUAGCGGCCAACGACGGCAGCUAGCUUCCACCACUAACGCAGGCCCAGGGAUUUAAGGGGCUUGUUUGGCUGUUUCGGUUCUUUUUGUUUAUCGCGCUACCCAUUACAAUCAACUCCCAUUUUGAUUAAUCUAACCGAAAAUCAGUUCACGUCGUAAAUCCAAUGGCCAGCUUUACCGCAAGCUAACGUGACAGCUAGUGGCUAGCUGUGCCCACAACCUGCUUCCAGGGAUACCAAAGGGAUAACGCCAGUCUUGUAAACUUUGUUGAGAUGCAUUCACUGGCUCAGGAGAUCCACGGCUUCGCGAAAGACCGACUGAAGAAACAGUGCACGCGUGUUACCACAGUGACAGGCAAAAAGCUGCUGGAGAGGAGGAGUGAUGGAGGAGAGGGAGAUGUGGAGCUGGUUGAAGAGCUGGAGGAUGGAAAUGGGUGUGGAUUUGUAGAAGAUAACAGCCUGGACCUCCAAGUUGGUGUCAUCAGACCGUUCCUCCUGCUGGGCUCUCAGGAUGCAGCCCACGACAUUGACACCCUGCAGAGAUAUAAGGUAUCUCAUGUGCUAAAUGUUGCAUAUGGAGUCGAUAACCUGUUCCCAGAUAAGAUGGUCUAUAAGACGCUCCAGAUCCUGGACCUCCCAGAAACCGAGAUCACUUCCUACUUCGAGGAGUGCAGCUCCUUCAUAGAUCAGACUCGGGAACAGGGCGGUGUGGUGCUGGUCCACUGUAACGCUGGCGUGUCCCGCUCUUCCUCCAUCGUGAUUGGGUAUCUGAUGCUGAGGGAGGAGCUUUCAUUUGAUGAUGCAUACAGCCAGGUUAAGCUGGCGAGGCCAUCGAUUCGCCCAAACCCCGGCUUUUAUCAGCAGUUACAGAAAUACAAAUCCUAAGGGUCUAAAAGUCUGUUUUUUGCUUUUAAAACUGUGUGACAAAAUCAAAAUUAUAACUGGAGCACUAAUGGGAAGUCUUUGCCCUGUGAUAACAUCACAAACAUUUUUAUGUGGGAACUAUUUUCUUUCUACUCAAUUACACUCGCCAACCAUUUCCCUUUCCAGGAGAUAGUUUUCAGCUACUUCUAAUGACGCUCAUGCUUGUGACAGGGUGACGGGUGUCCUACUGUGUUAGCUAGCUGCAUGCUUGUUUAGGUUGGCAGAUGUAGAAAGCAAAAACAAGAUAGUUCCUUUAUAAAAUGACAUGGCCUGCCUAACCAGGCCAAUAUUUCUGGAACGAGACAUCGCCUCUGAGUGUUUUAAGUCUUCAUUAAAACACCAUAUGGCAACUGCCAUUUAAUUCCAUUAUAGUAAGAAACAGCAGACAUUUCUGUAGUCAGUAUCUCCCAAACUGUUUGACUCACACUAAAACAGUCUGAAAAGACAAAUAUGUCUACAGGGCAGAGGAAGAACAUGAGCAUUUGAUUUUACAUGCGGCUCCCCUUGAAACAUUGCAGUUUUGAUUUUUAUGUAAAUGAAUCUGCCAAUAAGUAAUAAACAUUUGCAUGCCUAGUGCUA